UACAACACCAAGUCCAACAAGGUCAGAGUCAUCAAGACUCCCGGUGGCGAGCUCCGUUACCUUCACAUCAAGAAGAAGGGUACCGCUCCCAAGUGCGGUGACUGUGGUGUCAAGCUUGCUGGCUACGCUACCAUCUCGCGCCCCAAGAAGACCGUCCAGCGCGCCUACGGUGGUUCCCGCUGCGCCAACUGCGUCAAGGACCGCGUCGUCCGCGCCUUCCUGAUCGAGGAGCAGAAGAUCGUCAAGAAGGUCCUCAAGGAGAACUCGGCCCGCCGC